AUGAUCAUCGGCGGUGGCGACGACACAGUAAUCAACCACGUGAAAUUCACUACCAUGCAUAAACUCAAACAGAUGAUCGCUCGCGAACGGUAUAAUGACCUCGAAGAUAGUAUCAUCUUCGAUAAGUCAGAUGCCGACGGUUUGUCUUCCCCUCACUAUGAUGCUUUGGUUAUAACUCUACGCAUCGCAGAUACAGAUGUAAAAAGAAUCAUGGUAGACAAUGGAAGUGGAGCGUUGGAGUGGACAUCUGGAGAAAUAGUGCUGCCUGUCCUAGCAGGGGGAGUCACGCUUGAAGGGGGAGUCACGCUUGAAGCCACAUUCCAUUUCAUGAACCAGGAAACAGCCUAUAACGCUAUCAUAAGACGCCAGUGGAUACACGCCAUACGAGUCGUUCCCUCAAGCUUCUAUCAAGUGAUCAAAUUUCUCACCCUGUGGGGAAUAUUCAUCAUCCGAGGCGAGCCAUGCAUCACUCAAGAAUGCUAUCGGAUCUCCCAAGAUUGCAUGCACACCAAACAACUGAAAAGUGCAAGUGCGGAGGCAUAG